CGAUUAGGCGUUUUCUGGCCGUCCUUCAAUCUUCAUGUUGUUUUCUAAACAUAACUCCGGUUUUUUUACAUUUUUGACAGAUUGUUGUUAAUUUUGCGAUACAAACAUGUUACGAAUAUUCGGUGCGAAUCCCAAAUGUCCUCUUAGCUGCCACUUUUAUUUGGCGUGUGUGAGAGUUUCAACAGAUAGCAAUAAAGAAUUUUCUGAAAAACUAGCAGAUGGUCCACAGUUUGAGGACUUCCUAAGGGAUAGUGAGAUUAAAGAGUACGAUGGAAAAUUAAAAUUGGAGGAAGGUGAAUCAGGACGACUGAGGCUACCACCAUGGCUGAAAACAGAGAUACCUGUGGGCAAGAGUUACAGCAAGAUAAAAGCACAGUUAAGGCAAUUGCGAUUGAGCACAGUAUGCGAAGAAGCCAGAUGUCCAAAUAUUGGAGAAUGCUGGGGCGGAGGUAGUCACGGUACAGCAACUGCCACUAUAAUGUUAAUGGGAGAUACAUGUACUCGUGGUUGUCGAUUCUGCUCUGUCAAAACCGCACGUACACCACCAUCAUUAGAUGUGGAAGAGCCGGUUAAUACUGCUAGUGCAAUAGCAGACUGGGGCUUGGACUAUGUUGUUCUAACAUCUGUGGAUCGAGAUGAUUUGAAAGAUGGUGGAGCCAGUCACAUUGCAUCCACUGUUAAGGAAAUAAAAAAGAGAAGCAGUAUCCUAGUGGAAUGUUUGGUGCCAGACUUCAGAGGGGAUGAAGAUUGCGUAGCUACAAUUGUAAACUCUGAUUUGGAUGUAUUUGCACAUAAUAUCGAAACCGUGGAGCGUCUAACUCCUUUUGUUCGAGAUAGACGCGCUCGAUACAGACAAUCACUGGCUGUACUGAAGGCAGCUAAGAAGUUCAAUCCCGAUUUAAUCACGAAAUCGUCAAUAAUGCUUGGCCUGGGUGAAACCGAUGAGGAAGUUGAACAGACUAUGCAGGAUCUGAGGGACGUCGGUGUGGAUGCUUUAACUUUGGGACAAUAUAUGCAACCUACCAAGAGGCAUUUAAAAGUGAUCGAAUAUGUAACACCUGAAAAAUUUAAAGCGUGGGAAAGCAGAGGAAAUCAGUUGGGUUUCUUAUAUACUGCCAGUGGUCCAUUAGUACGAUCAUCAUAUAAAGCCGGAGAAUAUUUCUUGACUAAUAUACUAAAGCAACGGCAAAAACAACAUAUUGAUGAUUCUGCAUCAUAAAGGAACCAAAGAUAUAGUCGUGUAAAGAUCGUUUAGUCGAAAAAUAUUACAGAAAAUUAAUAUGUAUAUAUAUGUAUAUAAUUCAAAUUACUGUGUGUGUACAGUAAUGAAUUUGAAUUAUAUUUUAUGAAAAUAAAUUCAUAAUGUAAUUAUAUGCAUGAGCUGAACAAUUAUAUGCUAUUGUAAAUGGAUCGAUAAUAAAUAUUCCUUCGUUUAGCCAUUGUUGCAAAACGUUGAGAUAUUCAAUAAUAAAA